AUGGCACCCAAGUUCCUGAAGAAUACCUAUCCUUUGGACAAGCACUACUUUCUAGUAUCUCGCUUUGCUCUCCGAUUGAUAGGAUUUUAUCCCGAAUCCAAAUGGAACGUUUGGGUAAAGUCUUGGGCCUUCUUCAAUAUUUUCAUACUGGGUUAUGGCUGUUAUGCAGAGCUUUACUUUGGCAUUCAUUACUUGUCGAUUGAUAUAGUGACCGCUUUGGAUGCCCUGUGUCCGGUGGCCUCGAGCAUUAUGUCUUUCAUUAAGAUUUUCUUCAUUUGGUGGUAUCGGGAUCACUACAAACAGCUCAUCGAAGAUAUCAGGCGGCUUACAGAAGAACAAAAUUCCUCCAGAAAGGAGAAAAUGAAACGGAGAUACUUCACCAUUGCCACUCGUCUUACCGCCUUGGUACUGUUUUUUGGAUUUUGCACAAGUACGUCGUACACAAUUCGCCCGAUACUGACCAACACCAUUUUGUAUUUAAAUGGAAAGCCUAUCGUUUAUGAGACUCCUUUUAAAAUGAUGUUUCCGGAACCCUUACUAUCGAUGCCUAUUUAUCCCUUGACGUACCUUUUGGUCCAUUGGCAUGGAUAUAUAACCGUAGUUUCAUUCGUCGGAGGUGAUGGUUUCUUUUUGGGAUUUUGUUUCUAUAUAUCUACGCUCCUGAAGGCUUUGCAACAGGAUUUGGUUGAAAUCUUAGAAGACAUUGAAGGUAUAUCGCGGAACCAAAACAACAUAUCUGAGUCCGAAAUAUGUUGUGCUCUUUCAAGUAUUAUUGAACGCCACAACGAAAUAGCUUCAUUAGUGGAGAGGCUAUCAUCAAUAAUGGUGGAAAUAACUCUCUGCCAUUUCAUUACUUCGAGUUUGAUCAUUGGCACAAGUGUUGUAGAUUUCCUUCUAUUUGCUGGUGGCAUAGGCUCAAUUGUGUACGUAGUUUACACAUGCGCAGUAUUAACGGAAAUAUUUCUGUAUUGCUUAGGAGGGACUGCAGUAAUGGAAAGUAGCCAGGAAUUGGCCGAAAAGGCAUAUACCAGCAACUGGUAUAAUCAUAGUAUAAAAAUACAAAAAAUUGUACUUCUUAUUAUUGUACGUUCCCAGCGUACAAUAACGGUAAAGGUUCCAUUUUUCGCACCCUCGUUACCAGCAUUGACAGCCAUAUUGAGAUUUACCGGAUCUGUAGUUGCUUUGGCCACAUCUGUUAUUUAAAUAAGUGGUGAUAAAAUAUUUUUGGCUUAUUGCAACAUUAAUCUUUGGAGUUUUUUUUUCUAUUUUUUUAAUUCCGCGGAAAAACUAAAACGUAUUGUAGAAAUUGUAAUGAUUGAAAUUUGUCAUUAUUUAUUUUAAAUACUGGUGACUUUAUAUCGGAUAUCAAGUUAACGUCUAAGGCUUCAAUAGGUUUUUACUUAUACAAAACGCAAUAAAAAACUGUAUUCAAAAGGAAACAGAAAACAUU